AUGCUCGGUGUGUUCACGACAAUGAUCAUCGCGAUUGCCCAAGUGACGGCUAGUAGUCUUUCUGAUGCUCUCCAAAGCGGCCGCCUCCGUUUGCAGUCGCGCCAGGUCGGUGGUCCCUUGAGCUUGAGUGACUUCCCCCCAGACUGUCAAGCCAUCUGCACCCCUGCUGUUAAUGUAGCCACUAACCCCAACUGCCAAACAUUUCGAUGUGAAUGCACAGCGACGAACACACUAAAUCUCCAGUCUUGCCUCUAUUGUGUAGCGUUUGAUAUAGGUGGAUCUCUGGCGGUUGCGGACGCCUCCGUGCAAACAUUCGUGAAUGAAUGUGCCACAAAUGGUUUCCCCAUUCCCGGAUUCUUCCCGACCACUGGGGCCCCAGCUACUGUCCGUCCACCCCCCGCGUCCAUUCGUAGCACUGGUGUCUUUCCUACGAGUUCUGCGUCAUCCCGUUUUUCUUUUCCGGUCCCAGGCACUUCGGAUGCGAGAGAGACACCCACUUCGGCUGGCUCACCGCCCCCGCAGAAUACCAUUUCACCUAGUAAUGUACCUUCUGGUCUUCCGGUCAUUGGAAAUGGCGCUUUCGUCCCAAGGGUUCAUGUUGGUGGAGCUGUUUUCGUUACAGUUAUGCCUGUAUUAGGUCUACUCCAGUACAUCUGA